AGCAAUAAAGCCGGCUUCAAGUGGGAUGGAAACAGAGGAGGGCGCGCGGACGGGGAUCAGGUUGGACUGCGCAACUAUCAGGGCAAUAAACCGGAGGCUGGACGUGCCCCUCUCCUCCUCCCGAGUCUCUGCUCCUCCGCAGUGCACUUGCAGCUGAGCACAACUCCGCGCAGGACGCUCUCCUCCUCCUCCUCCUCCUCCUUCUCUGCGCCUCGCUGCCUGCGCUCUGCUCGCUGUGACAGCGCGGCUGACUGUCGUGCGGACUCAUUGAGAAAAACCCGCUGGAUUUAUAAUGAGGCGUCCUGCCGAGCGGCUCUGCUCUUCCUCGCAGCUCCUCAUCCUCUGCUCCAGAUCUGUUUCAUGUGAGUCCAGCAGGAGAAGCAGGAUGACUUCUGUCUUAUGGGUUUUGACUUUGUGCGUGCUGGUGGCUUUAGCGCAGGCGAACAAGACAGAGCGAGGUUUGGCUCCGCCCUGUGACACCGGCCGCUACACCAAAGAUGGAGAGUGCUGCACAGUGUGUCCACCUGGAGAGGGAGUGCUGGUGGAAUGUGGCGCCAAACAGACUGUAUGCACUCAGUGUUUGGACAGUGAGACCUUCUCAGAGAACUACAGCGUCACAGAGAAGUGCACAGACUGCACUCAGUGUUUGGGUUUGAUGCGGAUGGUGGCGCCCUGCACCGACAUCAGCGACGCAAAGUGUCAGUGCGACUACAACUUCUUCUUCAACCCCUUGUCCGGCCGCUGCGAGAGGUGCACGGUGUGCCCCAGGGGUCGGGGCGUGUACUCCCAGUGCGACCACUACCACGACACGAUCUGCGAGGACUGUGUGGAUGAGACGUACUCCGACCAGGAUAGCUCCGUGGAGCCCUGCCUGCCCUGCACCAUCUGCGAGGAGAACAUAGAGACGCUGGAGUCUGAGUGCACGCCCACCACAGACACGGUGUGCUUCAAUCCCAACGCCCCCACAGAUGUCAGCCUAACCUCGGAGAUGACAGAUAUCUACUCCUCUGAGGUCUUGCCCUACAACCCAGAAAGCCCCUGGCCGAGCAGCGAGACCACCACCCCCAGGGCCAACUCACCUCGCUUCCUGGGCCACGGCUUCAACGAAAACCUCAUUCCCAUCUACUGCUCCAUCCUGGCUGCUGUGGUGGUGGGGUUGAUGGCGUACAUCGUGUUCAAGAGGUGGAAUAGCUGCAAGCAGAACAAACAGGCAGCUAAUAACCGCGCAGCGACAAACAACCAGAUGGUGACGCCGGAGGGGGAGAAGCUGCACAGCGACAGCGGCAUCUCAGUGGACACCCAGAGUCUGCAGGAGCAGCAGCAGCAGCAGCACGGUCCGGCUGACGUCCAGCCUCAGCCGUCACGCUCACACACACAGGAACAGAUAGUGGUGAGGGUGGACGGCGGCUCCCAGCCGGAUUCACCUCACCCCAAAGUCUGAAGGAGAAGAGGAGGCGUCGAGCAAGAGAUGAACUGCGGACCAAAGUGGAGACAUGGGGGCGCCACACUUUAAAAACAGACUUUUGUGGACUCUUCCGGCGCGUUGGGACUCAUCCGAGCCCAUCUUUUGCCUGGAAACCAAACCAAUGGCAAUACUGAUAUCACUGAACCACAGACAGGUAUUAACGGAUACAUGCCAGUUCAUUUUAAGGGAAUACCCCCGUUUGUUAACAUGUGAUUCUCAUUCGCUGCCACUUUAGAUUUUUUUUUAAGUUACUUCCAGUGGUAUGAUCGGCUGCCAUGGUUCACAAGCGCCUGAAAGGCAAAAAAAGACGGACUGUGAUGUCUCUAUUUACGUUUUCCCCGCAUCAAAGAGUCUGAGGCAGCCGCUUUCAUAUUCUCCUGCUCUCAGAUAAUCCCGGUCCCUCUUUGUGAGGCGCAUUGCAAAUCACCAACUGUCAGUGCAGCACAGUAAAGCUGCAGGGGAGUCGGACUCGGUCCCAACUUUUUUUCUGCACUUUCUCCUACGUCCGCUUGGUAAUCAAGAACUGGAUUCCACAAAUCUCUUCGAGAGUGCCUCCAUAGUUUAUACUUCAAUGGCUUGAAGGUGACUCGGCCAAAUGUCUGGUUUUGUGUUUUUACUUUUGAGUUUUUAGGUUUCUUUUCGGAUGCUGGAGUCCAAGGGAGAGAAAAAAGGGAACUGAUGGGAGCUGGGAUGUCAUCACAUCACUUGAAGAAAAGAGUCAAAUCUGCCCAAAUUUUAAGUGGGAAAUAGGGACGUCCCUCUGGAGCUGAAAACGUUUUAUUAACACACUCCCACAAACGUUGGUUUAUAGAGCGUCCUCUGACUGUAAGGCUUUGUCACUGGCACUCAUGUCAACAAUGAGCCCAUUAGGGUAACGUCCUGACAAGAAGGUAGUAAUCUCACGACCUCUUGGGUUCCUUCACCCUCUGCUCGAUGGGGCGUCGCCGAUCUCUUUCCCAAAUCUGAGGCGACUGGAGAUUUAAAGUACUAGAGGAAGUCCUCAGGCUCAUCAGUUCAGACCUGAUACAUCAUGUAAAUGUUGAACCUAAAAGUAUUAAUGGUUUAAGAAGGUUAGUGAUAUUUAAUUUCACAUUUAAAUGACUUGAUGGAACGUUGAGUAGAUGGUUGUUUGUGUUAAUGCAUCUUUUAGAAAAUGAAAUCUUUUUGAAUUCAGCGGCUAAAGCUGACCAGCUGUUUGUUCUGUGGUGGUCCAGCUCAAAGGAUUUACAAAACUAUAUAACAAGAUAUUGUUUUUUCUAAAGUCAGAGCAUCAGUUGCUGUGAAGAUUGAACAUAACAUUUUCCCCAAAAUGUGCAGAUAUUUCACAACUCUGUGAUAACUACCGUAUUUUCCGGAGUAUAAGUCGCAGUUUUACAGACGUUUUGUUUUUUAGACAUCAAAAUGGUCAUAUAUUUGUUAUUUUCCCAGUAAACACUGGUUGUCUUUUAGUGUUUUUUUCCUCUAACAACCGCUAGAGGGCGCUGCAUCUGAAUUAUUUGCUACUCACAGCAAGAGAAGAAAUGUCGUCCAAAACAAACAUGGAAGAGAAUCUGAUUGCUUUCCUCUUAAACUUUGAUAUUUUUCUUAUAUACAUCAAAAGAUUAGUAUUCUUGUAUCUCUAUUUCUUUAGCUACACUGGGGUUGGCGAAUUUGUUCUGAAAAGUCACAUUUUUCUCCUAAAAGU